GUCUGGGGCUGACACAAAGUGACUUCGAAGAGGGAAGUGAGCCAAGAAGAUGAGCCACAAAGGAGGCCAUGGAAGCAAGUCGAUCGACUUGCAGAUGUUUGAAGUGAACGCGAAGGCCGUCGUGCGAGACUACUACGUGGAGCCCCGCAUUGACUACCGCACGAUCUCGGGCGUGAAUGGGCCGCUCGUCAUCCUCGAAAACGUCAAGCUGCCCAAGUUCGCUGAAAUUGUCAACUUGACGUUGUCCACGGGCGAAGUGCGACAAGGGCAGGUGCUGGAAGUGCAGGGUAGCAAGGCCGUUGUCCAAGUAUUUGAAGGAACGGACGGGAUUGACAACCGACACACGCACUGCGAAUUCACGGGCGACGUGUUGAAGAUGCCAAUCUCGGAAGAGAUGUUGGGUCGCGCGUUCAACGGGUCUGGAAAGGCCAUCGACGGCGGUCCCCCCGUCGUUGCCGAAGACUACUUGGACAUCCAAGGGCAGCCGAUCAACCCGUCGUGCCGCGACUACCCCAAGGAAAUGAUCCAAACGGGUAUUUCGGCCAUCGACGUCAUGAACUCGAUUGCUCGUGGCCAAAAGAUUCCGCUCUUUUCCGCCGCCGGGUUACCGCACAACGAAAUCGCCGCGCAGAUCUGUCGCCAAGCGGGUCUGGUCCAGCGCAAAGACGUCAUGGACUCGCACCAGGACAACUUUGCCAUCGUCUUCGGUGCCAUGGGGGUCAACAUGGAAACGGCUCGUUUCUUCCGCAACGACUUCGAAGAGAGCGGGUGCAUGCAAAACACGGCGCUGUUUAUGAACUUGGCUAACGACCCGACAAUCGAACGUAUCAUCACGCCGCGUCUGGCGCUCACGACCGCCGAAUAUCUCGCCUACGAACGCGACCUCCACGUGCUCGUGAUCUUGACGGACAUGAGUUCUUACGCUGAUGCGCUGCGCGAAGUGUCGGCGGCCCGCGAAGAAGUGCCCGGUCGCCGUGGGUACCCCGGGUACAUGUACACGGAUCUGUCGACCAUUUACGAACGCGCUGGUCGUGUCAUGGGUCGCAACGGAUCGAUCACGCAGCUGCCGAUUUUGACCAUGCCGAACGACGACAUCACGCAUCCCAUUCCGGAUUUGACUGGUUACAUCACGGAAGGCCAGAUUUACGUGGAUCGCCAAUUGCACAACCGUCAAAUCUUUCCCCCGAUCAACGUGCUGCCGUCGUUGUCGCGCUUGAUGAAGAGUGCCAUCGGCGAGGGCAUGACCCGCGACGACCAUGCGGCCGUGUCGAACCAGCUGUACGCGAGUUAUGCAACCGGCAAGGACGUGCAAGCGAUGAAGGCCGUCGUCGGCGAAGAAGCGCUGUCGAUGGAAGACCACUUGUACCUCAAAUUUACCGACAAGUUUGAAGGCAAGUUUAUUGCGCAGGGACCGUACCAGUCGCGUGAUAUCUUUGAAUCGCUCGACCUCGCCUGGUCGUUGUUCCGAGCGUUCCCGAAAGAAUUGCUCAAGAAGAUCCCGAAGAAGCACCUCGAUACGUUUUACGCCCGCCGCACCCAAGUGCGAGAAGACUUCAACCAGGAAGAAACCAAGGCCCAGUAAACAAACCGCGCUGUCGGGAGGGUGCCUCCGCCACAGCAGCGCUGCUGCUGCUCCUGCGUAUAACAUGUUAAUUCACAUUCCGCUUUGGAAUCGUGCACAAA